UUAACGGUUGAUUGUUUGUCUGCCAAAAUUAUUAAGCUUCUAGAAGUGAAGGCAACUAUUUGCAAGCCUCUGUUUUUGGUAAAAUUUCGUGUGUUUUGCGUAGCUUUUGGUGAAAAGUGAAUACAAAUUAAAAAAAUAUUUCGCGAUAUUCUAAAAUUGAACGAAAGGACCCUCUAAUAUACAAGUGUAGCAGAUGCAGCUGUAAUAAGAAAUAUACAAAUAAAUAAAAAAAAAAUUUGGAUAAAUCGCGUGCUGCUAAAAAUAGUAAUUCGAAAACUUACGCAGCAUUAACAAAUAAUUUUGAACAGUGAUUAAAAAGAUAAAAAGUGAAAAAGUAAAUUGUGAAUUUCAAAACUAAUUACAAUUUAAAAAAAUACAUAUAAAUUAAAUAUAAGACAAAACUCUAAUUCAUUUGAAUUCUAACAAUAAUGGGGGACGCGGAGGCGAUGCGACCACCCAUAAGUGGACCACGGCCACCGUUCCCCGGCGGUGGCAUGCCGCCACGUCCGAUGGCUCCACCACGCGCUCCUAUGAAUAUGGCUGGAGCACCCGGUGGACCGCCGCCCAGAGCAAUGCCACCACCGUUACGUAAUACAGACAGCAGAGGAAAUCUGUUGAUUGGACCCGGACCGGGUGGCCAACGUCUACCACCACCACCUUUACAAAAUCUACAAAUGCGUCCGCCUAGCGGUAAUGGCGGACCAAUGAGUCCACCUGGACAAGGUCAACCACGACCGCCCGGCGCGUAUCCAUGGUCCGGCGGAGCACCAGGACAACAAAUGCCUGCCGGUCGUCCACCAAAUCCCUACCCUGGGAAUCCACCCACACGCCCGCCAUUUGCACGUCCACCUGGCGCUCAACAACCACCGCCACGUCUGCCUUACCAACAACAUGCACAACCGCAGUCACAGCCGCCUCAGCAACCGCAACAACAGCAACAGCAACCAUAUCAGCAAUCACCCACACAACAGCAGCUACCACCACGUCCGCCCUCAGCCGGUUCAAACAAUAAUGAAGAUGACGAUGAUGUGGUCAUGGGUCAGGCGAUAACACCACGUAAAACGCCGAAUCUGAAUGAAGAUCCAAUGGGUCCAGCGCUGUCCGAAGAUAGAGUGGACACGCUCAAAGAUACCUACGGCAUGGGCGAGACACUUGCACCCAUAGCCGAGGUGAAUGCGAAUGGUGUGAAAAAAUUGUCGAGCAUACAGGAAAUGCUCAGCAGCGGCGCGGAGAACGAAAAGCAACAAAGAGAGGGUGUACACAAGGGGGACAAUGACAGCGGUGUUGAUGAGUCUACUCAAGAGAAGGAACGCAACGGCCCAGGUUCGCCAAGUUCUCCGGCUAAGACACCGACGUCUACCACUUCAAAGGGCGAGAAGACAGGCGCCUCUCGUCCGCCGAGCGCAACGCCAUCGAACAAAUCGUCCAAAUCACGUUCGACAUCACGAAAUCGCUUGUCAUUGAAGACUCCCGAACCGGAGCCAGUUAAAAAAGUACCAAUGAAUAAAAUACAAGUCGGUCACGCUCCUUCACCCAAUCUCAAAGCCGUGCGUUCCAAAAUUGGUUCGCUGGAUAAUGCUGGCUACAAGCCGGGCGGUGGGAAUGUCAAAAUCGAGAGCAAGAAGAUCGAAAUAAAAGCCGCGCCCAGAAUUGAGGCGAAAAAUGACAAGUAUACGCCACGUGGCGGAGAAAAGAAGAUCAUUUCGACAAAGCUACAGUGGAAUGCCAAGUCGAAAAUUGGCUCCUUGGAGAAUGCCAAUCAUAAGCCGGGCGGCGGCGAUAAGAAGAUCGAAACAAUUAAAACGGACUUCAAAGACAAAGCCAAACCGAAAGUCGGUUCGAAGGAUAAUGUUAAGCACGCUCCGGGCGGUGGUGAUAUUAAGAAAUCGCAAAUCUUGAAGGAAAGCACAACCGCCAAGGAUAUACAAACUCAAAAGAUAGAACUUAAGGCACAAAGCAAAGUGGGCUCUUUGGAUAACAUUAAGCACAAGCCCGGUGGUGGGGAGCGAAAAAUUUUCGAUGAUAAGGACUAUCUGAAAAAUGUUGAGCAUACAGUUGCACUGACACCACCGACACAGUUCCCGCAGGGACGCCUUAUAGCCACCAUCCACCUAGAAUUUGGCCUUUGCAAUUCAGACUGAAUAUUUAUAUACCUUUUACUGAAUAUGCAUAUGAAAUAUUGAACUGAUAGUCCCUAACUGUCAUGCGAAACUACCAAAAUAAAAGUAUAUCUGCUAAAAUAUAAAUAUAUAUUCACACAACCAACAACAACCAACGUCUAACGUAAGUUCGAAAGUUAUUAAACAAAAAACUGAUUAAAUGAUAAUUUCAUGCAUAAAAUGACUAAUGUCUGUAGAGACCCUUCAAAUAACUACUAAGCAGACUCAACUGCGUACUACUUGUUGCUCCUUGAAAAUACGAAAUUAGAAGCCUAAGUCUAUAACACAAAUAACUGCAUUCGAACAUUUUGUACCUGCGAUCCAUGGACCCUCAUUUGCUUUAAACACAUGCAUUAAUACAAAUAUCUGUUUAUAUAUUAUAUAUGCCAUAUAUAUAUAUACUAUAUAGGUGAAACUGUACAUAGCAACACAUAAAUCGUCUAAGUGGGUGCUCUAAAUGUUAAUGAAUAAUAUUUUUCAUUUCUACUUUCCAUAUACUAUUAUCGUAUGUAAAAUAAUUCAUCAGACUGCAUUCCAUUCUCCUCUGCUUCUACUCAUUUUCGCAUAUUUUGCUUAAUUCUUACUGACAUUCCUCUUUAACGGUUUUACACGUCAGUUGUUUUUCUUUUUUUUGUUUGUGGAAAUAUGAUUUUUUUCAGUGUAAUUUUGAAUGUUGAAACUUGUGGUGAUAGUUUAUGAUUUGAUAUUUUUUAUUUGAAUCAUUUCUUCUUAA